AAACUGGAGGAGAACUGGACAUAGUGGUUACUUCUAAUAAAGAGGUAAAAGUUGCAGCUAUUCGGGAUGCCUUUCAGGAAGUCUUUGGAAUGGCUGUUGUUACUGGAGAGGCUGCACAGUCUAACAUCGCACCCCAACCUGUGGGCUAUGCUGCAGGUUUAAAAGGAGCCCAAGAAAGGAUAGACAGCUUACGUCGAACAGGAGUAAUACAUGAAAAACAGCCUGCUGUAUCAGUAGAAAACUUCAUUGAGGAAUUGCUUCCUGACAAGUGGUUUGACAUUGGAUGUCUGAUUAUUGAGGAUCCAAUUCAUGGAAUUCAUCUGGAAGCUUUUACCCAAGCAACACCAGUGCCUUUGCAAUAUGUUACACAGGCUAAGAGUCUCACUCCUCAAGACUACAGUCUGAGAUGGUCAGGCCUGCUGGUGACUGUGGGCGAAGUCCUUGAGAAGAGUAUACUGAAUGUCAACAGGACUGAUUGGCACAUGGUAUUCACUGGCAUGUCCCGUCGACAGAUGAUCUACAGUGCGGCUAAGGCUCUAGCGGGAAUGUACAAACAACACUUACCACCCAGGACCGUUUGAAAGAAGGUUGAUCCAUGACACUAGGGGAUACUGCUUUUCAUUCUAGAAUUGGAGUGAAAGCUACAUAUUUU